UUGAACAUAAUGACUUCCAAAUUGGUGAUUGUCAUCGCUCUGGCCGUAGUGGCUCAGGUGUCGGCGACACCCUUGUUUUUUAACGUGAUCCAAGAUGCCGUCGAGCACAUGAAAGACGAAGCCCAAGAAAUUGCCAACAACAUCAACCAGGGCAUACAAGACGCAAAAGACGAAGCCCAAGAAAUUGCCAACAACAUCAACCAGGGCAUACAAGAUGCAAUUAAUCAGGUCAGCAACAGCAGCAGCGAAGCCGCAGCCAACGACACCGCUUCUGCUGACGACAGCAGCUCUGCAGUAUCAGCAGACAGCGAAACUGAGGAGGACGCAUCUGACUACGCAUCUGAUUCUGCAUCUGACUCCACAUCCAACUCCGCAUCUGACUCUACAUCCGACUCCGCAUCUGACUCCACGUCUGACUCUACAUCCGACUCCACAUCUGAUUCCGCAUCUGACUCCGCAUCUGACUCUGCAUCUGACUCAAGCUCCUCAUAA